CUACCCUUCCACGAUGUUCUAAUUGAGAAAGUGUGACGAAAUGGAGAAACCAACCAUUUACCAAUAAAAUAAACUUAGCAUAAUAAUAAAUGCAUACUUAAUUAUUCGCCGACUUAAGUGCUGAUGGAAAGACAUAUUAUUUUUGAUAUGGAACAAAUGUUUCUUCGCAAUUGGCUGAUCUUUUUGCGGGCGACGAAGGCGUUCCUUGACGCGUUAAGUGAAACCGGUGCAGCGUGCGUUUCGCGAGCGACCGCGAUCAAGUUCCUGCUCGCACGCAAGUUUGAUGUAGCGCGCGCGCACACGCUGUGGCGGCAACACGAGGCCACGCGCCGGAGGGAAGGACUCAUCAAAUUCGAGCCCUUCGAGGAUCCACUGAAAAGCGAACUAGAGACUGGAAAAUUUACGAUAUUGCCCACGCGCGAUGCGACGGGGGCAGCGAUUGCGGUGUUUACGGCGAACAAGCAUUUCCCAGCGCUGACCACGCAUCAGACAACCCUACAGGGCGUGGUGUACCAGUUGGACGUGGCGCUGCAGUCAGUCGACACACAGCGAGCUGGUCUCGUUUUCAUAUACGACAUGACUGACUCCAAGUACACCAACUUCGACUACGAGCUUUCGCAGAAGAUACUUACUAUGCUCAAGGGUGGUUAUCCAGCCAAAUUAAAAAAGGUGCUCAUAGUGACAGCGCCGCUGUGGUUCAAGGCGCCGUUUCGAAUUCUUCGAUUGUUUGUUCGUGAGAAGUUACGCGAGCGCGUACACACGGUGAGCGCGCCGCAGCUGGGCGUGCACGUGCCGCGCGCGAGCCUUCCGCGACAACUAGGCGGACACCUGGAGCCCGAUCACAGUGCUUGGUUGGAGUUUUGCAGGAACUGUUACACGAACAACCUGAAUACCAAAUUGGACGUCGUCAUAGACGACUAUGUGAUAAGUAAUCACAUACCUCACGUCAAAACACAAAAUGGUUUAAUAGAUGCGGAGGUUCCGUGUGACAUGACCAGCGACCGCGUGGCGCGCCUCGACAACGGUUCCGACAUCAUGCACAUCAGCGGCGACCCGCCCUACACCUGCGACCCCAGCCCGCUCAGACACACACACGGCUACAAUGGCGACAUGAAAGCCGGACACAUCAACUCUGGAGACGAAGACGAUAUAGACUUAAUAACCCGCGGCACGUGGUCGUCGGGCGAGGCGUCCCCCGGGCUGUCGGACGAGGAGUGCGGCGGCGGCGGCGCGGGCGAGGCGCCGGGCGCGCUGCUGGCCCGCGUGCGCGCGCUGGGCCGGCGCGGGCUGGCGGCCGAGUACGAGGACAUCCGCGCGCGCCCGCCCGCCGGCACCUUCCACCACGCCAAACUGCCCAGCAACCUAGCGAAGAAUAGAUACACGGACGUGCUGUGCUUCGACCACUCGCGUGUGCUGUUGUCGCAGCUGGACGACGACCCCAGCUCCGACUACAUCAACGCCAACUACGUGGAUGGAUACAAGCAACGGAACGCGUUCAUCUGUACGCAGGGCCCGCUACCGAAGACCUUCGGCGACUUCUGGCGCAUGGUGUGGGAGCAGGGCAGCCUCGUGGUGGUGAUGACGACGCGCACGGUGGAGCGCGGCCGCGUCAAGUGCGGCCAGUACUGGCCCGCCGCGCCCGGACAGCGCGCCGUGCACGCCGGGUUCGCCGUCAGCACCGAGGCCGUCGACGUCGACGACGACUACACCGUGUCGCAUCUGCUGCUCACCGACCUCAGGACGGAGCAGCGGCGGCGCGUGUGGCACGGGCAGUACACGCGCUGGCCCGACUACGGCGUGCCGGGCGGCGGCCGCGCGGCGCCCGUGCUGCGCUUCCUCGCGCUCGUGCGGCGCGCGCAGCACCGCGCGCGGCAGGAAUUGGGAGACGCGUGGGCGGGUCACAGUAGAGGUCCACCUAUAGUCGUGCACUGCUCGGCCGGCAUCGGGCGCACAGGCACGUUCCUGACGCUGGACACGUGCACGUCGCGGCUGGCGGCGGAGGGCGUGGUGGACGUGCGCGGCGCGGUGGAGCGCAUCCGGCAGCAACGUGCGCACUCCAUACAGAUGCCCGACCAGUACGUGUUCUGCCACCUGGCGCUGCUCGAAUACGCGGUAAUGCACGGCUACUUAGAAUCGGCCGACCUGUCCGGCUUCGACGAGGAAAACGAAGAGGAGUCCGAAUGAAGACUGUCGCGAGGUGUCUGCAGCUUGCUGUGAAACACGUGUCCACAUGAACCAGCCUCUAGCGCUAAGUCUCCUAGUGUUUACUUAAACGUGUAAAUGAAAACGUUCCUUUAGAAAGAGUAAGGACUGACUAGAUCACCCGUCGUCUAUUUAUUUUUCACGUGCGAGACAUCCGUAACCAAAAAGUAUAACCUUAAUCGUUUAGGUGUACUCUCUAUGUUAUUUAUUUAUGUAUAAGAAGUAUGGCUGUGUGAAGAUUUUUCGUCUUUAAUUUAUGUAGAUGUUUAUACUUUAUUAUGAAAUAAUUCGGUCGGUAAAUGCGCAAUCGUACCCGUCGUCGGCACUCGAGUCAACGAGUCUGAUAAUUUUAAUGUGUUGAGGUGCUGGUAGGUUAAAAUCAUUAGUGUCUCGAACGUUCGAUUCUUCCAUUCAUCAUGGCAUUUUGGUGUAAUUGUCAUUUUUAUAACGAAUUAUCAUAUAUAAAUGCGCUUAAAUAAGACAGGAUGAUUCUCGAUUGCGCUGCAAAAGGUAAACUAAGAGCCAAGAAAAGAUUGCAAACAGAAUCGAGUUCAACCUAUAAAUAAAUAUUAUAAUAUUAAUGGUUAUAGACUGAAUACUGUUAAUUUCUCUAAAUUUUUAUCGACUCUAACGUCGCUAUGAAAUCAUAAUGUUAAAAUAACAGGAACACAAGUAAAUAAUUGUAAAACUAUAGGCUCCCGAUGAAUAAAUAAACAUUAUAAUAGUUGAAAAUUAUAUAAAUAUAUAAAAUACAAGCUAGUGAAAUGUUAGUUAGAAAUCAUUGACUUGUGAAGUUGAAGCAGAAAUGAAAGUUUAUUUUUCAACGGAUAAUGUAUUAGCGACAUAUCGUAUCACAGAUGUAUAUUUUUAAUCGCCGUCCUUUCGAACAAUUUACAUAUCGCAUAACGCCUCAUUAUUCCAUGAUAUUCUUUACAAUCGCUUGUAAGAUACGUUCAUAUAUCUAUUAAAGGAUACCAGCUGUUACAUGACGUGCUUCAUCUUCAAAGCUCUAUAUAUUUUGCAAGCUUGUACGAUAAAUAGAUAUUUGUGUUCUCUUAAUCUUAAAACGGGCUUCAGUAAACUUACCGCUUUGAACUGAAAAGUAAAUUAUAGUAUUAUAAUAUUUAAUGAUAGAAUGAAAAAUAAAACAAUACAUCGGUCCGGUUACCCAAGGUUUACGCAUUCAAAAACACGAUAUACUGGCUUGCGGACCAUGUGUAGUGCUGCCAUCUAUCGAUCAUCUAUCGCCUCUGUACCAAUUACUACAACAGGCAGGUCACUAAGCACACUUACGCUUUCUAAAAUUAUUUAUUUAAGUAAGAAGCUCAAAAUAAUUUAAUAUCCGAAAGUGUAAAGACUUGUGUUCAAAGACUUUGAAAAGUAUAAAACUUUUUUGGUAUAAUCUUAAGUUAUAAAGCCAUGUUUAUAUAAACGGAUAUUAUGAUUAAAUGUCAGCUGGUGUAUUUAACUUCUUCAAAAUAAACCUAAUGUUAAUAUUAAAAUCAUUGACUAUUUCCUGAUAUGAACUCCUAUGCAGUAACAGGAAACGAAAGUACAUGCAAUUCAAAAUAAAUUUACGAGUACGUGUGUCGUGAUAUGAUAUGAUCUAUACGAUUUUUAACGAUUCAAUUGCGUGCGUUUUUUUAAACAUGGCUUUAUUUUGCACAAAUAUGAUACCUAAAGCCCGAAUAAGAUUUACUGCUUUAAUUAUUUUUAACUCAAUUGAUCUUAAUUUUUCAUAAAAUUAUGUAUAAAUAUGAAAUAUAUAAAAUCUCAAUCCGCCUCAGCAAGACAGAAUUAUGUAUUUUUUUCACACUAACUUCAUUCGAUCCCUUACUGUCUGCACUCUUAAAACAAUUAUAAAUAUGUAUGUCAAUUGAGAUGUAUAAAUUUGUUUAACAAUAUCUUGGAAGGGUGUAAACAGAAGAAAACAUAGCUUUCCAACCUCUGCCCCAAUCCACAGCUCUUAGCGUUUGAAUAGUUGCAGAAUAUAUUAAUUUAUAAGAUAUUCAAAAUAGAUUAAUAAUAAAUAGGAAAAUAUUUUUCACUUAGCGUACAAAUUUUUUGCCACGAUAAGAAAACUUGUAAAUAUCGACACAUUAUAUCGAGUGUAGUUUUAUAUCAUCGCUCGCUUUUGUUACAAGAAAACCAAAUUGCAAAUCUUUUCGAUAUUUUCAUGUUAUUUUGUAAUCUUUUAUUGAAAUUGUUGGUCUGGAACGCCUGUUGGUUCUUGCGUCUGUAAAUAUAUUAUCAUUUUAUGUUAAAAUCGUGAAUUAAAAAUUGUGAAAUAUGUGUGAAAUAAAGAAAUACUUGUAAUAUAUUGAAACCGAAUU